UGUUCAGACCUUUAAUUUCGUUAUUAUGACCACAGGUUUUGUAGAUUAUAAAAAGAUUCUAUUAAAUUUAAAACUUUUGCAAUGAAUGCCUGGAGGAAAGUAAUUCUAUCACAAUGGCGAAAUAAUUUAAAUAAGCCUCAGAUGCUAUUUACGCGUUCUUAUGCCGCACCUCCCAAGCGUUUCUAUAAGAGAACUUCGGUUCUUUUUAAUGAUGGUAAAUAUGAAGUGACUUUAGAUCAUCGCAAAUUAAAAACACCAUCAGGAAAAUUGUUUGCGAUUAAAAGUGAACCUCUGGCAAUAGCGGUAGCUACAGAAUUCGAUCAUCAGAAGGAAUAUAUUGAACGUGCUAAGAUGCAUUUGUCAGCUCUCUGCUUUACCGCUAUUGACAAUCCCUAUAAUCAAAGCAAGACAGAUUUGGUGAAUUACUUAAUAAAUUAUGUGGCCACGGAUACGGUGCUGUUUCAGUAUGAUAAUGAGAAAGAUUUGCAUGAAUUGCAAUGCAAUGAAUGGGAUCCGAUUAUUAAAUGGUUUAACGAAAGGUACGAAACAAAUUUAAAGAAAACUAUGGACAUAUCCCCGCCACAAAUUUCAGAAGAGGAUAAAUCAAAAAUAUCAAAGUAUUUGAUGUCACAUGAAGAGGACGUUUUACAUGGGUUUGUUUUCGCGGUAGAUACUUUGAAAUCGGUAAUUUUGGCUUUUGCCACGAUAGAUCAACGUCUGCACGUUGAUAAAGCAGUCACUUUGGCGAGAUUGGAGGAAGAAUACCAGUCGAAGUUUUGGGGUCGUGUAGAAUGGUCACACGAUCUAAAUCAACAAGAAUCACAAGCACGUUUAGCCGCCGCAGUUUUAUUCGUACAUCUUAAUAGGUCCGAGUAUUUUGUGAAAGAAAAAAUUUUAAUAUAAAAUUUAAAAGAAAAACGAAGCAAAAAUAAGCCUAAUCUGCUUAGGCGUUUUUGCAUACAUUCAAAAAAAUAAAU